CUUGAAGGGGUGCUACUUAGAAGAAUUCUGGAGACUCUAACCAGGAGCAUAUCUCCAUUUAGGGAGAAUCUGUGAGACUUAGGGACCUUUGAGGGAGGAGAAUGAGGUCCACAGGCAAUACAGUAGAUAGCCCAGCUAAUGAAGAUCUCGUCAUCACACAAACUUCACAUGACAUCAAAGAGGAAGAAGAGGGGGAAAUACUAGAUAGGGUUAAACAAACAAAUGAUGAAGAAAAGAUUGGGCCAAAUAAUGAUGAUAAAGCAACACAGAAUGAUGACCAAAUGUUUGGGCUGAUAGAUCUGUCCAAAAAUGACCUUCUGAAACUGCUUGGGAUCAUGGAAGGAGAGAUUCAGGCACAAGAAGAUGUGAUCCAUUUGCUGAGGUCUGCACUGUUGAGUCGACCGGUGGAGCUAGAGUCUCGUUAUGGCUCAGCAAGGCCCACAAGACCCCUGCAGGCCCUGCUGGGAGACGGCAUGCUCAACAAGAACCACACACACCACGACAAUGUGUAUGAGAAGCCUAUGGCAGAGCUGGACAGAUUACAGGAUAAACACAGGGAGUCAUACUGCCGCAUGCUGGAACAACUGCUGCUGGCAGAGAAAAGCCACCGACGCACCGUCCAUGAGCUAGACACUGAGAAACGUAAACACGUGGACUAUAUGAACAAGAGUGAUGAUUUCACCAACCUACUGGAGCAGGAACGAGAGAGGUUAAAGAUAUUGCUAAAACAAGAGAAAGCAUACCAAAUGCGAAAGGAAAAAGAAUUUACUAAGUGCAUGCAAAGAACCUCUGGAGAGCUGGUUAAGUUGAAGUCAUUUGCAACGAUGAUGGUUGAUGAGCGAGAACUCCACUUAGAAAAGAUUGACAAACUGAGCAACAAAAUACAGGAUCUUCUUCAAAAACUCCAGGAAAAAGAGCAGAAACUCAGUGAGUCAGAGAGAAAAGCAAAGGAGGACAGCCAGAAGAUCCUGGAUCUUGAGGUUGAGUUGGAGGUAAGAACUUCCAGGUUUGCAAAAGAGCAAGAAGUGAUGGCUGCAAAACUGUCCAGUCAGGAAUCUCAACAUAAACAGCUGUCCCAGAAACAGAUGGAAUUGUCAUGCAGACUCCAGGAGUUAAAGGAGAUAAAUGAAGUUCUUCAGAAAUCAGCAGAGGAGCUCCAGGAGUUGAGAGACAAGAUUAGUAAGGGCGAGUGUGGCAACUCAAACCUGAUGGCAGAACUUGAGACUUUACGCAAGAGAAUUCUGGAAAUGGAAGGCAAGGACGAAGAGAUCACCAAAACUGAGAACAAGUGCAAUGAGUUGAAGAAGAAACUUCAUGCUGAGGAGACUCACAAUAAGGAGCUGAGGCUGGAGGUGGAAAAACUGCAACAGAAAAUGACACAAUUGGAAAAACAAGAUAUGACCUUCAAUAUGGGCAGGACAGAAUAUGCCCAGUUGCAGGCAGCUUUGGAGAAAGAAAAAAGCCUGUCAAAAGACUUGACUGAUGAACUAGUGAUGGUUAAAAUCCGUAUGAAAGAGCUCGAGUCACCUGAGCUGAAACUGGAAAAGGAUGAACUGGAUUUAAAAGAGGAUCUUAUGAAACUCAAAUCAGUCACUGUAAUAAUGGUUAAUGAGCACAAUAACAUGGCAGACAGAAUUAGGUCAGAGGAAAAGAAGAAAGAGGAACUGAACAAACUGUAUAAGGCAGAGCAGGAGAAAGUUAUGGAGGUUACUGAGAGGCUGAUAGAGGAGAGCAGGAAACGUCUGAAACAAAAAUCAGAGAUGGAGUUGAAGAUAUCUGCCCUUGUCAAGGAGAAAGAUGAGAUGAAAGGAAAGUUUACCAAAGCAGAAGAGAAGUAUAACGAUCUGAGCACCAUGGUUGGCAUGAUAGAGCACAGUACUAAUGGAAUGAAAGAAGCAUAUGCACAAGAUGAAAAUAAAGUUAAGGAGCUGACUUUGGAGGUUGAAUGGUUGAAGAACCGCCUCCAACAGUUUGAAGUUCUUGAGGGUGACCUGAUCAAAUCAGAGGACAAGUUUGAGCAAGAAAGGGCUAAUUUUCUCUCACAGCAAGUGAAGGAAAUAAGAGGUCAAAUUGCGUUAAAUAAGGCAAUAGAGCAAGGUCAGGAGGCUGAACUACGAAAUCGCUUCUUGAUGGAGGAGGCUAAAUCUAGAGACCUUCAAGCAGAUGUGCAAGCCCUGAAGGAGAAAAUUCAUGAACUCAUGAACAAAGAAGACAAGCUUUCCCAGCUACAGGUGGAUCACACCAUGCUUCAACAAAGGUUCCUGGAAGAGGAGGACAAGAAAAAGAGCAUAAGCAAUGAAGUUCUAAACCUCACCAAAGAACUUGAGGUCACCAAGCGAUACAGCCGCACCCUGCGGCCAUGCACCAACAGAACCCGAAUGAUGGAUGUUCCAAUGACAUCAACUGGAGUACAGACUGAUUUGAUUGAAAACAGGACAGCUGACAAUGACACUACUGCUGCAUUCAUCAAGAAAUCUGUUCAAGAGGAGAAUCGUAUCAUGAGUAGUCUUCAUCAGAGGAGUUUAAAGAAGUCAGCACAGAGACAGACAGUGCAAGAACUCUAUCCGCCAGUCAUUGACUUGACUGUAAAGAAGUCCUGGAUUCCCUGGAUGAAGAAGAAAGACAACAGUGCUUCUGAGAUGUCUUUGGAUUCCAGUGGGGAAGCCACACCUCCUGUUAACAUGUCCCAAAAACAUGGCCAGCCAUUGCACAAUCAAAGUAUCUCAGAUAUUCAGACCACUGAAACAAACUUACAGAUCAGCAGUUCCUCUUCUGAGGGCUUGAUUAAAAAGAGAGAUUCUGCCACACUCUCACAAGACAUUCAGAAGCCUCAGCUAACCAUCAUGCCUGCAAAUGAAAGAACCAAAGAGCCAAAGAAACCAGAAAGAGCUAGAUCCCCUAUGACCAUUGCAUCUAUCUCAAGACUAAAAUGUCCAGAGAUCAUGAGGUCUCCUUCUUUGGACAGAUCUUUAUCACCUGUAUCCAUUGCAUUCAAUGGCAUGUCUGCAUUGUCUCCAGACAGCUCCCCAGAGCCUGUGGACAUGAUAACAGGCAGAGCUGUCUUCAAGGUGACUCCUGAGAAACGAAUGGUCCCCACGCCAAUCAAGAAAUGCAACUCACCUGCUAAUAUCAUCACCACAGAAGACAAUAAGAUUCACAUUCACUUAGGCUCAAAGUUCAAGAAGCCCACUGAAAAUCAUGGCUCAGUCAUCAUGCCCCAAUGUACUCCUGCAUCAUCUGAGAGUAAGGAAGUUUGUACUGGAACUGUGCUACGCUCACCACACAGUGUUACUGCUACCAAAUUAACAGGCAGCAAAGUGACGAACAGCAUCACCAUCAUGAAGGUCACUAAAGCACCAGCCAGACCUACACUCUCAGUGCCCGUUCUGGAUAUCCCAUCGGUGAGAUCAGGGAUCACUCGAAUUCCCAUGUCUCGAGGCAUGAAAACUGGAAAAGCAGUGCUGGGAGCUCUUGGCACCACAGAUGUUAAAAUGGAAACAAAUGCAGAGACCCAGGGCAUGCACAUUGAGCUGAAAAAGUCAACUCUCAGCAAUGGAGCUUUUCAGGGUGGAGGAAAGGGAUGAAAGGACCGAGCAAAUAACACCAAGUUUACAUUUAAGUCUCCUGCCAAAGAAAAUAAAUUAUCUUUGAUUGCCAGUUUCUGCAAAUGUAAUGUAAUGUGCAGAUGAAGAUUUUGCUUGCCUUCCAGACAGUGGAGGAAACAUGCCAAAGUUGUUGCCUUUACAGCAGGAACAUGUCAGUUAGUGGCAACCAAGAGGUUAGGGCUGGUUAUCAUGAGCAGUUAGCCCCUAGAUGGUGUGACUACAUGAUUAUGCUGGCAAAAAGCCUGCUUCUUCAUUGACAGCUAUUCAAGUGUAGCUGUGUAGUCUUUUUUUUUUUUUUUUUGCAAGCAACAAAUCAGUCCAUUUUUUAAAAGGGCUCUUAAAAGCGUGACGCAGACUUAUAUUUCUCACUGUCUGCUGCAUUUAACGUCACAAGAUUGUUACUACCUGCGAAGGGCUAGGGACUAUGGACUAUCCUUGUGAUGCCAUCAGCCAAUCAACGUUGUUGGAACUUAAUUUUCCUGCAGGUCCAAAGUGAUUACUCACAUGGAAUUUACGGCUCUGGUGAUUGGAUCAAUAAUAAAAAUCUGCAUAUUUUAAAACUGCAUACCAACAAUUUACAACACUUCUUUUCUCAAAUUAAAAAGUAAAUUUACAACACAUACUGUACCUUUUAAAUUAGUAUUGUAAUAGUGUAGAUUAUGAUUUUUAACUGUGUAUAAUUUUAGCAUUAUACCUCUAGAAUGUAGAUAUCAGACAUCAGACCAAGCAUGUCUGUGUGAAAUUCUGUUGUGAAUUGAUAAGUCUCACUGAUAAGUUUUGUAUGUUCUUAUAUGUUUUUAAACCUGAUUACUGAUGCUAAGCAUGACUUGUAAUGAAAUACAUUUUUAAUAUUGUUUUUAAUACAGUAAAUGUGAAAGGU